AUGACGUUAUCCCCACCAACCGGCGUCUUCGUCCCCGUCCCGACGUUUUUCAAACCUAAGUCUGCAUCUAGUACCCUCCAAGCCGCCGUAGACGUCCAGACACAAAUCGAUCAUUCAGUGUUUCUCGCCAAAAAUGGAGUGCGCGGGCUUGUCCUGCUUGGCUCAACCGGCGAAGCAAUCCACAUGUCGCGACAAGAGCGUAUCGAUGUCGUGUCUGGAGUGCGCAAAGGACUCGAAGACGCAGGCUUCAAGGACUAUCCGAUCAUGGCGGGAACACUGAUCAACAGCGUCGAUGAGACAUUGGAGUGGCUAGAGGACUUCAAGAAAGCCGGUGCACAGUGGGGACUGGUGCUUGCGCCAGGGUAUUUCGGUGCAGCAGCGAGUCAAGAGGGAAUUAGAGAGUGGUUUACUGUUGUUGCAGACAAGAGCCCGCUACCAAUACUGAUCUACAACUACCCCGGCGUGACAAACGGAGUCAUGGUAACACCUGAUACCUACCGCGUCCUCGCGCAACACCCCAACAUUGUCGGUUGCAAGAUGUCGCAUGCCGUCGUCUCAUGGCACAACCAGGUCUCGCUAGACCCGAAAAUCGACCACAACAAGUUCCGCGUCUACUCUGGUCUCGGUCAACAACUGGGUCCCAUUGUCAUUUUUGACGCAGCUGGUGUCAUUGACGGGCUCGCCGCCAUAUAUCCCAAGACUGUGUGCUCCUUGAUGAAGCUUGCCGAGACAAGGCCCAUCACCGAUGAGAACCUCAAGAAGAUCAAGGAGUUGCAAUAUACUGUUAGCACAACAGAAGAGUUCAUUGGUAAAUAUGGCGUCGUCGGCAUCAAAGAGGCUGUAAAGAGAGUAACCGGUUUUGGAACUAUGGAAGGCGGACGGCUGCCAAUCCAGGGAAAGCUACCGGAUGGUGAAUGGGAGAAGUGGAGUGAGACAUGGGAAAGGAUACAGAAGACAGAAGAUUCUUUGAGCGAAAAGGAUUUCAAGUAG